AUUUUGAAACCCCCAAGGAGUCCUCUUCAGGACCUAAAAAAUGGGAAUGAAACAGUUCAGGAAUCCAGUGCUUUGAGAAAUAAGAAAAACUCUCGACGAGUCAGCUUUGCAGAUACUAUAAAUUUUAGAGUAUUCCAGACAGAGUCUCAUACGAAAAUAGCGAAAAAGUCUGGAAUUACAGUUUAUUCCUAGGUCAGGUGUGGGGAUGAAUGCCUGUGAUCUCAGCACUCAGGAGGCUGAGGCAAGAGGAUGUCUUCAACUUUGAGACCAGCCUUAGCUACAGGGUGACAUUCAAAACAUUUUUCUUUGGGCAGACUCACCUGUAGCUCACCUCCCACUUAAAGCCAGCAUGGGAAGAUGAGGUUUCAGGAGCAGCUACUGAGUGGCAGUGCCACAUUGCCCUGUGGCUCCCUGUACCGUGCCUGUUGCCUGCUUGUGGCCCUCUCUGCACUGCACUUUGGUGUCACCCUUGUCUACUACCUGUCCAGCCUCAACCUGAGCCACCUGCCCCGGCUAAUUGGAGUCCCCACAACAGUACUGGGCAUCGUUGCCAGCAGGCAUCCCCCUCGGCAACCCCAGUCUGGAGUGACCUGGGCACUGCCUCCUUUGAAUAUCUCUGCUCAGCCUCUCCUGGGUCAAGUCUCCAGUCCUGGUGUGAAUUCUGACCACAGCCCCACAAACAACUUGACUUCUGUCCCAAUGUUCCCCACAAAAGCACUAUUGCUGCCCACUUGCCCCAAGGAGUCCCCACUACUUAUUGGACCCAUGGUGAUCAAAUUUAACAUCCCUGUGGAUCUGGAAUUUUUGGCAACACAGAAUCCAGAGAUAAGGAUGGGCGGCCGUUAUACCCCCAAGGAAUGCAUCUCUCCUCACAAGGUGGCCAUCAUCAUUCCAUUCCGUAACCGGCAGGAGCACCUCAAAUAUUUGCUGUAUUAUUUGCACCCCCUUCUACAGCGCCAACAAUUAGACUAUGGUAUCUAUGUUAUCAACCAGGCUGGAGACUAUAUAUUCAAUCGUGCUAAACUUCUCAAUAUUGGCUUUCAAGAAGCCUUAAAGGACUAUGACUACAACUGCUUUGUGUUCAGUGAUGUGGACCUCAUCCCAAUGGAUGAUCAUAAUGCUUACAGGUGUUUUUCACAGCCACGACAUAUUUCUGUUGCAAUGGACAAGUUUGGAUUUAGCCUGCCUUAUGUUCAGUAUUUUGGAGGUGUCUCUGCUCUAAGUAAACGACAGUUUAUUAUCAUAAAUGGAUUUCCUAAUAAUUACUGGGGCUGGGGAGGAGAAGAUGAUGAUAUUUUUAACAGAUUAUCUCUUAAGGGCAUGUCUGUAUCUCGCCCAAAUGCUGUGGUUGGGAGGUAUCGCAUGUUCCGCCACUCAAAAGACAAGGAAAAUGAACCCAAUCCUCAGAGGUUUGCCCAAAAUGCACACACUGAGGAGACAAUGUACUCUGAUGGUUUGAACUCACUCACCUAUCAGCUGUUGGACAUAGAGAGACACCAAUUAUAUACAAAAAUCACAGUGGAUAUUGGGACACCAACCUAGUGUUUUGAUUCAAAUAGUAGAUUUACAGUGGCCAGGGAUCUCUGCUGUGUGUCUGUCAGUCUGUUGGACUGGUCCCUCUCAUUUGUGCAGUCUGAGUAAUAUGUCUCUUGCUCAUCAUUCAGACACCUCUCCUGAUGACCAGGAGGAGUGUGACAUUUUGUCUACAACUUGGCUUGUGUGACUUCUUAGCAGUUCAAGGUGUUUGUCAAUGUAGAAAAUAUCAGGCUGUGGGGGCUUCUGGACAUGCUCACAGUGUCACCACAAAGCCUCAGAACUGCACAGCUCAAAAUUGGUGACCAUGGGACUCAUUCCCACUGAUGAAAUUGCUAACUUGUAAAAUGGAUAAGAAUUUUGGUUAAAAAUGGGACGUUUGUAUUAUUUUAUGAAAAAUUGGAGGAUCGGAGAUUUAGCUAGUGGCGUAAAUACCUACCUGUUAAGCGCAAGAUCAUGAGUUCGAUCUCCAGUACCAAAAAUAAAAAUAAGAAAGAAAGAAGAAAAAUUGGAGACUACUGCUGAAAUUGGUUGGGAGGGUACCUUUUGGUUGUCAAGUUUUACAAAAAACACAAAGUUUCAACCAGUUUCCUAUUAUGUGCCCUUUUUUCAGUGGUAUGCACCUAUUACUGUAUGUUAUGUGCCUUUUUUUUUUUUUUUUUUUUUUGUCUUUUUCCUUUUCCCUUUUUAUCGGUAUCAGGAAUCAAACUCAUGACUGCCUGCUUCCAAGGCAGGCGCUUAUGCCGCUGAGCUAAAUCCCCAGCCCCUGUUAUGUGCCUUUUAAAAAAAAAAAAAACUAGAUUUUAUGUGUGU